AUGUUGUCCAAGCUGCGCAACGUCUCGGUCGCCGCCGCGCUCCUGUUCGCAGGCCUCGCGAUCGCUGCCCCGACACCGGUUUCAAAAAGCUCGCUCGAGGCCCGUCACGGCAAGCAAAAUCUCCUCACGCCCAAAGUGAUGAUCAUUUCGAUGGUGAGUCUCGACAUGAUCCUUGAAGAUAUCGAUUUCGAUUACAGUCCGGUGCUGACCGGUCAUCACCCUUGCCGCAUUGGCUUCGCCGAAUCUUCGCACUUCCCAAAACAGUUUGCACCUGAGCGCGCGGUGUGGAUCAAACCGAUGAAGCUUGUCCACAGUGCGUUCCAUCAUGAGACCCACCCCUCGCCCAUUUCUUCCGUUUUCUAAUCGUCGCUUCGGCCCCUCGCCCUUACAGACGUUUCGGUCGUCGGCUUGUCCCCGCUGUACCCCUACGUCGCCUGCAACGACGAGUACGACGUCUGCAUCAUGACGACGGGUGAGGCCGAAAUCAACGCCGCAGCCAGUAUGAUGGCCCUGGCGCUCUCCCCCCUUUUCUGCUUGCAGCAGACGUACUUCCUCAUCGCCGGCAUCGGUGGGGUCAACCCCUAUGCGGGCACGCUCGGAUCGGCCGCUUUCGCUCGCUUUGCCGUCCAGGUCGCUCUGGAGUACGAGCUGGACGCCCGUCAAAUGCCCAGCAACUGGACAACGGGUUACUGGAUGCAAAACACCGCUGGCCCCGGUCAACUGUCCGCGACCAAGGACCUGUACGGCACCGAACUCUUUGAGGUCAACACGAAGUGAGUCCCUCCCGGAGGAAAAAGGUCGAGCCUCACCUCCCUAGCCCCCAUCGCUGACUCGAUCGGUUCUGUGCAUCCUGCACCAGCCUCCUCGCAAAAGCCUACAACGCGGCCAAGGGCGUCACGCUCAACGACUCGACCACGGCGCAGGCGUACCGGCAAAAAUUCGACUACGCUCCGGCGAACCAGUCCCCUCAGGUCAUUCUCGGCGACGUCGCGACGUCCGACGUCUACUAUGCCGGAACGUUAUUGAGCGAGAGCUUUGGCAACUACACGGCUUUGCUCACCAACGGUACCGGCAAGUACACCACUACGGCUCAAGAGGACAACGCUACGCUCGAGAGUAUGGUCCGAGGUGGGUUUUCCGGUCGUCGUGGACGGCAGGGCCUGUGCACUCCGGGCUGACCCCUUGAAUCCGCUCUCCCUUUAUUCUGUGCUUCCGCAGCCACCAAGGCCGGUCUUCUGGACUAUGCUCGCGUCAUCAUCCUCCGCACGUGCUCCGACUUUGACCGAGCUCCCCCAGGUCAGUUGCCUCAGUCUACACAGGCCUCGGCCCCGGCCGUUUGAGUGUCGCUGACCAGAGAAUGGUGCACCAAUCAGGCAACGUGACCGCCUACGAUGCUUUUGUCGCAGAUCAAGGUGGCUUUGAGCCGGCUUUGCAGAAUCUGUACAUCGCCGGCAAGCCUGUCGUUGAUAUGUCCGUCCCCUUUAUGCUCGGAGCUGGGCUCGCUUCCCUCGAUACUUUCGAGACGAGCCGUACAUCUGAUGAUGAUGAUGCUAACGCUUCCCUUUUCGACCCCACAGGAUACUCAAGGACUGGAGUACGUUCAAGAACGGCGUCCAGCCCCAAUCCAAAGGCAACGGGUCGUACUACGGCGAUGACCUCGGCACGCUCCGUUCCGGACCCGCGCUUGCUUAG